CUCGAAUUGAAGUUUACUGUGGAAAUUGAGCUGAACAGUGAUCAUCAUGUGAAAACCAUCAAGACAGUUGUGCGGCCACCAAGCAAUCAAGAAAAUUCUGAAGAACAAGUUAACGAUGUUCUUGUCAACAGUCGAUUCGAGGUGCGAUAUAAGCGAAGACCUGAUGAAAUUCAUGAUGAGGAUUUCGACUCACCUGGGGAGGAUCCCUCACCUACUCAAUCUUCUCCCGCAUGCAUUGCUGGUCCCAGCCGAAUCCUAGACCAAAUUUCUCCACCUCAGCCGCAAAUUUCGGAAAGCAGUCAGUCUCAGGAUGGCGUUGCGACUUCUUCUCAUGGUCGGAUUUCGUCACAACCGCAAGUAUCGGAGAGCCCUGAUGUGGUGCAGGAUUCUACUGCAAGAGAAACCACCUCGAAAGCUAGUCAAGAUCAGUUUUCGCCAUUGGAGGAGCAGGUAUUAGACAGUUUGGAUCAUAUUCGAAUGGCCGCUGCAAAAGAAACGAUCUCAAAUGCCAAUCAAGCUGCCGUUACAUCGACUUCUUCAACAGAUGAACACCAUAGCACACCCCAGUUGGAUCCCAUCUUUGUGUCGGAGACGAGUGACUCCUGCCAAAGUCAGUACCAGCGUCUUCUCAGUGCUAUGCUCAAACCGUCCGAUCUCCCUACGAAUAAUCCUAGUGCCGAAACGGAAUUGCGAAAAAUAACAGAAGAAUGGCAAAACCGCAUGAAAUCAAUGUUUGAAAGAUAUGGAAUUCCUGGUUCGGAACCAUUCCUAGACAUAGCAUUCAAGGGACAGAGGAAACUACUAGAACGUGAUCAGAAUAACUAUGCCAAGUCAUUGUGUUCUCUCGAAAAGCACACGGAGAAGUAUUUACAAAAACUGCAGAGGCGCAAAUCCGUUAGACAGCAUCCUCCAGUAUCUCGAAUUGUCAGCGAUACCACCAACGAACCCUUGAUAAAGCUGAUGAAUACGAAUGAAAAUAAGAUCCCUCUUACGAAGCGUAGCGAGAAGGUUGAAGACGUACUUUCGUGUCUCGAUUUACACGAACAUUUCCUCACUCUUAAAGGAAUCGUCAAUCAGCUCAGGAAGUUUGAAGACUUUGCGUCUCAGUUGCCU